AUGCCGGCAUUCGACCAGCUGCCUGACUCGCCCAAGAAGGGCCGGGUCAUCAAGUCGGCGUACGACAGCGAGAGCUUCGAGGCCGAUGGCUCAAUCCAUGUCGAGGGCGUCGUUGGCUCGGCCACUAUUUCGCCCUCAGGGAGGGACAUUGCUCUGGCGUCACCCGAAGGCCUUGCAAUCAUCGACUUGGACUCGCCGUACAGCCCGCCGCGGCGUCUUCGAGGUUCUGGCCAGCCGUGGCUGGUAGUCGACGUGCAGUGGUCCCCCUUCUCAGCUCGAGACUACUGGGUUGUGUCGACAGCAAACCACCGUGCGCUGGUAUGGAACUUGAAUCUCCGGGACGAUUCGAGCACUGGCGCAAUUGAGCACUCUCUUCAGGGCCACACCCGAGCCAUCACUGACGUCAACUUCUCGGCCCACCAUCCCGAUCUGCUGGCGACCUGCUCUGUCGAUGGCUACGUGCAUUGGUGGGAUCUGCGCCGGCCUCGCCAACCCGUACUUACAUUUUGUGACUUCUUUGCCGGCGCCACGCAGGUCAAGUAUAAUCGUCGCGAUCCGCACAUUCUAGCCUCAUCGCACGACCGCUGGUUGCGCAUCUGGGACGAGCGCAAGGUGUCGGAGCCUGUCAAGUCCAUCACGGCGCACACGUCGAAGAUUUAUGGCCUGGACUGGAAUCGGACAAAGACGACUGGCCUUGUCACAUGCUCGCUGGAUCAGAGCAUAAAAUUCUGGGACUACAGCAAUGACGGCAAUGAGCUGGAACAUGUGAUUCAGACCGAGUAUCCGGUUUGGCGAGCCCGCCAUACACCCUUUGGACACGGCCUCCUCGCGAUGCCCCAGAACGAGCCGGGAGACCUGUAUUUGUAUGAGCGCCUAUGGUCCAAGGACCCCACUAUCGAGAAAUCGCAGAGACCAGUUGCUGUGUUUCCGGGCCAUGGAGGCCACCAGGCAAAGGAAUUUCUCUGGAGAUCCCGAGGAGGGGUCACAGAAGACAACAUCGACGAGCGAGAGUUCCAGCUUGUAUCGUGGGGAACGGACAACGAGCUGAGAUUGCACUGCAUCGACCCCAGUAUCUUCGCCGCCGUUGGGUACAAAAAAGGGCAACCGGCCGAGGACGGCAUCAGCCUCACGCGGAAAGGCGCGACAUACAAGACCUUUCGCACAGUUGACGACGGGUCUAACCUCGACAAGCGAGCGAGUACAAUGAAAGAUUCCAGAACAAGCACAAGCGGAGUAGGCCACAGGCAGAGCGCCCUCACGGCUGCCGCACGAGCUUCUGCGCCAUUUGGCCGUCAGAUGCGGCCGGCGUGGCGUGGGCCAUCGAUGAAGGUCAAGAGUGGAUCGGGCAAGAGGCUGGAUCCGAGUCAGGCCCAAAUCGGUUGGAUGAAGGGGAUUAGCAUCACGAAGAGAAAGGGUAUCCUGGACGGGCCUAGGCGGCUGAUGUCCAAGGACUCCGGCGUCAUGGGUCACGGCUACCCUGACGACCAAUGGGGAGAGCCCGACACCAUUCAAGAGGAGCUCUUGCGCGUCAGUACCCAGAUCCCAAAGGUCAAGUGGGAUAACAUUGACAUGGAUAACUUGAGCCUGACUGCCUCACUUAAUGGUCCGUGGGGGAAGGACGGAGAAGCCAUCUUCAUCAAGGUGAAGAUUGACAUACCCCUGGAGUAUCCCAAGCUCAAGGCACCGAGAUUCAUGAUUGAGAAGAGCUCAUUCAUGCCGGAAGAAACGCGCAAACGACUGGACCGUGAGCUACAUGAGCUUGCUGACCAGUUUUUGCGGAGAAAGCAAAACUGCCUGGAGGUGAUAUUCACCUACUUGCUGGGUGAAGUUGAUCUCGAAUCAAGCACCACCUUUUUCAAAAACGUCCGCGACCUGGAUGAUGACCUUGAUGGGUUAGCCGACGAUAGCUCGACCGAUGAGGAAGAAGACAUCCCGGCAGGAGGGUCAGCAUCCAUGUCCCAAGAGCUGCCUCCUGCUGAUGCGGAUACUGCAAUCGCAACUCCAGCCCGUCUCAUCAUCCCCCCGCCUCCCCUCACUUGUGGCGCUCGGUUUUCGCACGACGGCCGCCUUAUUUGCUUUUUCCCAACAAAGGAAGAAAAGGCUCGGGUUCUGUACCAAACAAGUGCGGAUGUGAACAAGGACCGCCCGAGGAUGGAGCCGUUCUUUGCGGGCUUUGGCCGCCUCACACACGACCCUCCUCCGCGGUACAAGUACACCACGGAGGAGGCAUCCGCUUCGGAAGAUCAGUCAGACUCUGGCGAAACAGACGAGACAUCGUCGUCAUCGGAUGACUCUGAGUCUACGUCGAUACACAAGAUGAGCCUGUGGUAUCAUUCCAGCCGCCAUCUCAGGAAGACCUGGAGCGAGGAUCGAUCCAUCCGAUCCAGCGGCGGCGGGACGGGCACGGGGACGGGAGUAGGCACUGCCACGGGUACUGGAGCAAGCCGUCGAAGGAUUGCCCGACCCCGGAACGUCAUCUCCAUUCACGAUCUACGACCAGACCUGCCUUCCAAGAAGGAGUUCGCCCAGGAGUAUGCCAUCUUUGGGGAUGGAGCAGAUGUCUGCAAGCAUAACGCAAGCGUCGCGGAGAAGUACGGGUACACUGAUCUCAUGAAUGUUUGGCAGUACCUGGGUCUGCUCUUGAAGAAGGGGAUCCCACUCGAGGUCUUGGCCAGCAACCAGAGUCGGAGCUCCAUCCUUGUCAUUGCCCGCGACGUUGUGUCCAAGACGCGCGCACUGGAGAACGAGCAAGGCGGCACCCCAGGAGAUGGUGCCUUGCUAGGUAGGGUCAAAUGGGGUCGACACCCGCUUGCCAAGGACUUUAUCAUGGAGCUCUUCAACUACUUUGAAAAGAUUGCCGACAUCCAGAUGCUGGCGAUGCUGUCAUGCAUCUUUAGCGAAUCCUCAGCCGAUGACAGCGUCGCCUACGUUGAGUCGCAACUCCCGUCGCAAGAAACGCCGCUGCCCUUGAAGGCACCGUCCUUCUCCCUGGACUACUUCCCCACAGACGCUACUAUGUGGAACAUAUAUGGUCGAGGCGUACCACAUUCGAACGUCACGACACCGGGGACUCUUCACACGCCGCUCCCUUACGCUGGCUCGCACGCCUCGGAUGAUGGUAUCAUGUGGGCUGGGGAACCGGCCACAAACUCAUUUUCAUGUGGCGAGACGCCGCCGUCGAAACCGAGACCCCUCACCGCGGAUGCAGAGCCUCCGUCAACAGUGCUAUCUCGAUCGCCCUCCAACCGGCCUCUUUCAAGGGUCAGCACUGGGCUAAGCUCGGCGUUCUCGACAAACUUCCCGCGGUCGUUUACGGGAGCAAGUUCGAACUCACCGCCCGCCGGCCAGCUGAGGAAGAAGCCAAGCCCGGCAGAGAUGAUUCUGAACACGCUGACACCGCGUACUGGGUAUGCCAGCGCAGGCCCAUCCUACCCCGUUGGCGAUUCCAGCGAAGGUAGGAAUUCAGUUUCCGACGAUGAAUUCCGGCGCGACGACCUGUUGUCUCUGGUGCCUGUCAAGGUGUCCGUGUUCGUGGAAGAUCAGACAAUAUUCGACGAUGACGGGUGGCUGAGUGAGCCCUUGCUGGAGCCAAGCCGUGCUCACAUUUACGCCAACUACCGAUAUGCAUAUGCAGAGAUGCUGCAGAUGUGGCGGCAGCCCCUCGCCCGACUGGAGGUCAUGAAGUUCAACGUCUUGAAGGACGAGCUGCCGUUUACGGGGCCAGAGGGAAGCUUCCAUGACUCGUUUACGCUCCACGAUGGGGCGAGCGGGAAUGCUACCCAUGUCAAGACAGGGUCAUCGCCCAUCAUCAUGGGGAAGAAGGACCAGCUCCAAGUUCUGGCUGCAUCGGGCCGUGGCUUGGAUGUCACGGGAAUCUGCCGCGUUCACGAGAUUCAGCUGGAUCCUCUACGGUACACAUCAUCCGAGUCCAAGGUUGGCGGAGCGGUGGGGACGUGCGACCGCUGCCAUCGUGUGCAGUCCCAGCUCCGCUGCGUAUACUGCCUGGAGCCUGUAGACGCUCUGUUCCCGCCGUGUCUGUCCUGCGGUUGCGCGUUCCACGAGGACUGUCUUGCCGAGUGGCACGCUGCGGGCGAGACGUUUUGCCCCGCGGGAGACGAGUGCAACUGCGUUGAAGAAGCCAUCAACGGCCAGGUGGAGUCUUGGGCGGCUCUCCAAGGCGCCAUGAAGAAGUCACAGCCCAAGUCGAUGAUGCUGCCGGGCUCAGCCGUUGGCGGCAGCGAUGAAGAGGACGAGAAACACCGCAAGGGGGGCACCAACGGCGGCACCAACGGCGACUGGGAGCGCGUCGGCAGGAAUGUGCCGAGCAGGGCACAAGGCGCAGCGUCGACGCCUGGCUUGAGUUUUGUACGGUUCAAGACGCCUACGGGGGCCUGGUCGAGGGCCUCGAGCCAAAGACGGAAUGCGAAGAGGGGGAACUAA